UAUCAACAGCAAGAAAUUUCUCUUAUUAUGGAAAGAUUUCGUCUGGAAAAGAAGUUACCUGGUCCUGAUGAAGAAGCUGUUGUGGAUCUUGGCAAAACCAGCUCAACUGUGAACACCAAGUUUGAAAAAGAAGAACUAGAAAGUCACCGAGCAGUAUAUAUUGGUGUUCAUGUACCGUUUGGUAAAGAGAGUCGUCGACGUCAUAAACAUCGUGGACACAAACAUCACCACCGGAGAAGAAAAGAUAAAGAAUCAGAUAAGGAAGAUGGACGGGAAUCUCCUUCUUAUGACACACCAUCACAGAGAGUUCAGUUCAUUCUUGGUACUGAAGAUGAUGAUGAACAGCAUAUUCCCCAUGACCUCUUCACAGAAAUGGAUGAACUGUGUUACAGAGAUGGAGAAGAUUAUGAAUGGAAAGAAACUGCUAGAUGGCUAAAAUUUGAAGAGGAUGUUGAGGAUGGUGGUGACCGAUGGAGUAAACCUUAUGUGGCAACUCUGUCUUUGCACAGUCUUUUUGAGCUAAGGAGCUGCAUUCUAAAUGGAACAGUCAUGUUGGAUAUGAGAGCAAGCACUCUAGAUGAAAUAGCAGAUAUGGUGUUAGACAACAUGAUAGCCUCCGGUCAGUUAGAUGAGUCCAUAAGAGAGAAUGUCAGAGAAGCUCUUCUGAAGAGACAUCAUCAUCAGAAUGAGAAAAGAUUUACCAGUCGGAUUCCCCUUGUUCGAUCUUUUGCAGAUAUAGGCAAGAAACAUUCUGACCCUCUCUUGCUUGAAAGGAAUGGGGAAGGCCUUUCAGCCUCCCGCCACUCUUUGCGAACAGGUCUCUCUGCCUCAAACCUUUCAUUGAGAGGAGAGUCGCCUUUAUCUCUUCUUCUCAGCCACAUUCUUCCUUCUUCAAGAGCUGGAACCCCUGCAAGCUCGAGGUGCACGACCCCAGUGCCCACCCCUCAGAACAGCCCUCCUUCCAGCCCUAACCUCAGUCGCCUGACCUCCAGAAGUUCCCAGCAGAGGCAGCCUCAGGCCCCAGAGCUACUGGUCUCACCUGCCAGUGAUGAUAUCCCCACUGUAGUCAUUCAUCCGCCUGAGGAAGACUUAGAAGCUCUCAAAGGCCAGGAGCAGAAGAAUGAGGAAGAUGUUGACUUAACUUCAGGUAUCUUAGCCUCUCCACAGUCGGCUCCUGGAAACUUGGACAUUAGCAAAAGUGGAGAAAUUAAAGGUAAUGGAAGUGGAGGAAGCAGAGAAAAUAGUACUGUUGAUUUCAGCAAGGUUGACAUGAAUUUCAUGAGGAAAAUUCCCACGGGAGCCGAGGCAUCCAAUGUUCUGGUGGGAGAAGUAGACUUUUUGGAAAGGCCUAUAAUUGCAUUCGUUAGACUGGCUCCUGCCGUCCUCCUCUCAGGGUUGACUGAGGUCCCUGUUCCUACAAGGUUUUUGUUUCUGUUAUUGGGUCCAGCAGGCAAGGCUCCGCAGUAUCAUGAAAUUGGCAGAUCAAUAGCCACGCUCAUGACCGAUGAGAUUUUUCAUGAUGUAGCUUAUAAGGCAAAAGACAGAAAUGACCUUUUAUCUGGAAUUGAUGAAUUUCUAGAUCAAGUAACUGUCCUCCCCCCGGGUGAGUGGGACCCUUCCAUCCGCAUAGAGCCACCGAAAAGUGUCCCUUCUCAGGAAAAGAGAAAGAUUCCUGUGUUUCCUAAUGGGUCUGCCCCUACAUCUGGUGAGAUUCCUAAGGAGGCUGCUCAUCAUGCUGGGCCUGAGCUGCAGAGGACAGGACGGCUUUUUGGUGGUUUGAUACUUGACAUCAAAAGGAAAGCACCUUUUUUCUUGAGUGACUUCAAGGAUGCAUUAAGCCUGCAGUGCCUGGCCUCGAUUCUUUUCCUAUACUGUGCCUGUAUGUCUCCUGUAAUCACUUUUGGAGGGCUGCUUGGAGAAGCUACAGAAGGCAGAAUAAGUGCGAUAGAGUCUCUCUUUGGAGCGUCACUAACUGGGAUUGCCUAUUCAUUGUUUGCUGGGCAACCUCUAACAAUACUGGGGAGCACAGGUCCAGUUUUAGUGUUUGAAAAAAUUUUAUUUAAAUUCUGCAGAGAUUAUGACCUUUCCUAUCUGUCUUUAAGAACCAGUAUUGGUCUGUGGACUUCUUUUUUGUGCAUUGUUUUGGUUGCAACAGAUGCAAGCAGCCUUGUAUGUUAUAUUACUCGAUUUACAGAAGAGGCUUUUGCAGCUCUCAUUUGCAUCAUAUUCAUCUAUGAAGCUUUGGAGAAGCUUUUUCAUUUAGGAGAACUAUAUGAAUUUAAUAUGCACAACAAUUUAGAUAAACUGACCAGCUACUCAUGUGUAUGUAUUGAACCUCCUGACCCUAGCAAUGAAACUCUAGCACUGUGGAAGAAAAAGAAUUUAACUGCACAUAGUAUUUCUUGGAGAAAUCUCACGGUUAUUGACUGUAAAACCUUUCAUGGUGUAUUCAUAGGAUCAGCUUGUGGGCACCAUGGACCUUAUAUUCCAGAUGUGCUCUUUUGGUGUGUCAUCUUAUUUUUUACAACAUUUUUUCUGUCUUCAUUCCUCAAGCAGUUCAAGACCAAGCGUUAUUUUCCUACCAAGGUGCGAUCGACAAUCAGUGAUUUUGCUGUGUUUCUUACCAUAGUAAUAAUGGUUGCAAUUGACUACCUUGUAGGAGUUCCAUCUCCUAAACUUCAUGUUCCUGAAAAAUUCGAGCCUACUGAUCCAAAUAGGGGCUGGAUCAUAAGCCCAUUGGGAGAUAAUCCGUGGUGGACCUUAUUGAUCGCUGCUAUUCCAGCUCUGCUUUGUACCAUUCUCAUCUUUAUGGAUCAGCAGAUUACAGCUGUAAUCAUAAACAGAAAGGAACACAAAUUGAAGAAAGGAGCUGGCUAUCACCUUGACUUGCUGAUGGUUGGUGUCAUGUUGGGAGUUUGUUCUGUCAUGGGACUUCCAUGGUUUGUGGCUGCAACAGUGCUGUCGAUAAGUCACGUCAAUAGUUUAAAAGUUGAAUCUGAAUGUUCUGCUCCAGGGGAACAACCCAAGUUUUUGGGAAUUCGUGAACAGCGGGUUACAGGACUAAUGAUUUUUAUUUUAAUGGGCCUCUCUGUGUUCAUGACUUCAGUACUAAAGUUUAUUCCAAUGCCUGUUCUGUAUGGUGUUUUCCUUUAUAUGGGAGUUUCCUCAUUAAAAGGAAUCCAGUUUUUUGACCGUAUAAAAUUAUUUGGAAUGCCUGCUAAACAUCAGCCUGAUCUUAUCUACCUCCGCUAUGUGCCUCUUUGGAAGGUACACAUUUUCACAGUCAUUCAGCUUACUUGUCUGGUUCUUUUGUGGGUGAUAAAAGCUUCAGCUGCUGCAGUGGUUUUUCCCAUGAUGGUUCUUGCAUUGGUUUUUGUACGCAAGCUCAUGGACCUGUGUUUCACAAAGCGAGAACUCAGUUGGCUUGAUGAUCUCAUGCCAGAAAGUAAGAAAAAGAAAGAAGACGACAAAAAGAAAAAAGAGAAAGAGGAAGCUGAACGAAUGCUUCAAGAGGAUGACGAUACUGUGCACCUUCCAUUUGAAGGCAGAAGUCUCUUGCAAAUUCCAGUUAAGGCCCUCAAAUACAGUGUUGAUCCCUCAGUGGUUAAUAUAUCAGAUGAAAUGGCCAAAACUGCACAGUGGAAGGCACUUUCCAUGAAUACUGAGAAUGCCAAAGUAACCAGAUCUAACACGAGCCCUGAAAAACCUAUGAGUGUGACAAUAAACUUUGAAGAUGAACCAUCAAAGAAGUACAUGGAUGCUGAAACUUCAUUAUAGAACUGACCCAAGCAGAAUUAUAUAUAGAUACAGAUGUAUAUCUAGAAUGUGUGUGUGUGUGUGUGUGUGUCAUAUCACUAUAACAAUGUUGUAUGUCAUGCUGUGUAUGCAUGACUACUGGGUUUUUUAAAAUAAUACCUGAAGUUUGUUAUAAGCACCAUGGAGACUAUGUAUAUUAAUGAAAUGGUCUCUUAGAAAUGAGGUACAUGGUUAUUAUUCAAAUAUUUAUUUUGUCGGAAAAGAGCUUUUCUAUUCUGCAGUAGAAUGAUGUGGAGAAAUACACAGUAGGCUUUUCUUGAAUCUCUUUGUUCAUCAGUAGCUCUUCAUACCAACCUUACGUGGUACAUACUUAGUUUACAUAUUUAUCAUUUUUACUUGAGUGUCUAAAAUUUUUCACAUAUUAUUUCACCUUGGUUAGCUUAGUACUUUAUAGGAAGAACAGAGUCCUUAUGUCAGUGCUGUGAAAAACACAACAUGUCAUAGCUUCUCUGUUUGCUGUUUCUGUGGCUGCCCACCGUGUUGCACAAGUGAUGGCAUUUUCUUGGCCCUAGAGGUGAUUGGACAACAGUGGAGACUUUCAGUAUAGGAACUAUAGUUUUUAAUUUUUUUUAAAUCUUGAAACUUCCAUAUGUAGGUAUCAUUCUCAAAGCUAGGUAUUUAUAAUUUAGUAUCCAUGCCGGUUGUAACUAUGAAUUUUAGAAGCUAUAAAAUGCCAGUUUACAAUGAAUUUUGUUACCUUUUUAGAGAAAUAUUUUCUCAAGACUUACACUUUCUUUAGAAUUCAUAAAUCCUCUAUUCUUUGCUCUUGCUCUCUUAAAGUGAAAUAAUUUGUAUCAGGUUCAAGUUCUUGAUUAGAUUUCCAUUAUAAAUAGUGUGAUCAAGUAAUCAGGAAUCAAUUCUUUCAUGGGUUAUGAUCAGUAUUACUUUAUUAAGAAUUACCUUUCAUUUUCUUACUGUUACUUUUCUUAUAUAGAUUAUAUUUAAUAGGUAUUCCCCAUGAUUUCAUUUUUAAAUAUUUAUUUUCAUUGAUAUGCUUAAUUAUAUAAACAUUUGAAAAGAUAACCAAUAUAGAGUAAAUUGUAAAGAAUUGGUGCUCAGUUACAUUUACGUUUAUUAGCUGAAAUUGACAAAUUUUGCAUUUUUGAUAUAAAGCACUGCCAUACUUGUCUUUUAAAGAAAAUUAGACUUACGUGUAGCUCAAUUGAUGGCAUUCUUCCUAUUUUUUGUUACUAUUUUUUAAUUUAGUUUUUCUUAGCUGCCUUUUUAACUUCUAGCAAAUCAUUUUAAUCAUCUUUUAUAUGCUCUUAGUUCCACACUCAAUAAAUAAACGUUACUGUUAAGCUUGUAGGACUGGAUGAAUGGGAUUGUGAAACUUAUUUGGCAAGAGACUAAUUUGCGAAAUCCAAGUGAAUAUUGAGAAGCUACAGAAAGAAAUACUGGAGAUGGCAACAUGUAUAUUAGGAAAAAAAUUUUAGUGAAAUUCCAGUGCCCCCUUUAGUCAUUUAUAAUUAAAAGUAAAAGUAUGAAUAAUUGAUCCUGAAAGAAGAUCAGAAAAAUGCCAAAAACCGCUAUUUUAGCAGUUCUGAAGUGUUUUCAGUCCAUUCUCAAUUACAUAAUAACUAAUAUAAUUUUCUCUUCUGCAGAUUCUAGUAAAAUAAUAAAUCAAACUUGUGCCUCACCUGAGAUGUUGGAAAUGUAACUGCUUUUCUUUGAAAAUAUAAUUGGCAUCAUUUGGUACUGCCUGAAAAAGAGUUUUAAACUCUACUGGCAAUUGACAGAGUAUUACCCAUGGUGCUUAUCAUCAUUUAUGUGCUUCCAUUUAAGUGAUUACUUUUUAUUCAUAGCAGCAUAGUCAGUUCCAAAGUCCCUGGUAUCUGCUGCUAUUUUUUUUAACUCCCCCUGAUAUACCUGAACAAGAAAAUUUCCUCAUAUCAUUUCCUUGUGUUUGGACAUCAAAGAGUUAACAAAUGCACUUAUUUUAUAGAAAGUGAUUUUAAAAUUCAAACUAAAAACUAUCUGGGAUCAUAAUGUUUUCUCUGAUUUUAUAUAAUUAUGUAUAGUAUUUAUCCAGUGCUAGAAAAUCCAUAACUUGUAAAAUACUUAGCAUUCAAAAUGUUCUACUGUCUCCAAUUACUAAUGGCUUCUGCUUUCUUUUGACUACUUGAUUAACAAAAUGAUCUGAUGUGACUACUCCAUUGAAGAACUAAGGUAACUUGUGUUUAAGUAAUUAACUGCUUGUGUUAAGUGGGAUCAUGGAUAGCAUUCAUUGCAAGACAGUGAAAGACACAAUUUACUACAUAUUGAUUUUUAAGUGUUGCCUUAAAUAGGUGUAUAUGAGCAGUAGUAAUUGCUGUGUACUGAUUUACCUCAAGGUGCAAAAUAAUUAAACCUGUGAAUAUUCCAUUACAAAAUAAAUUCAAACCAACAGCCCUGCACUUUCUUAGAUGCCUUGAUUUUCAGAAUGGAGCUUAGUGCUACUGAAUACCCUGGCCACAGAGCCAUCUCAGGAUAUUCUUUUCUCCACCCUAUUUUAUUUAUUUAUAGAUGUCUGUUUACAAAGACUAUAAUAAAUUCUGAUGUUAACCAUCUGAAAUUUACUUUCAUUUGCUGUUUCAAUCUAAAAUAGCUUUUGAGAAAAUGAGCUGAGUUCCUUACAAUAAAAGGAUGACUAUAUAUUUUUAAUAUUAGAUAUACUGAUACAGUCUUUCUAAAGCAUAUUUGUAUGCAUGUGUGCGUGAGUGUGUGCACGCGCACGUGUGUGUGUGUGUGUGUGUGUGUGUGUGUGGUUACCCAUCUUAAUCUCAUGUUGUUUAAAGCUGUGGCAUACCAGUGUUCAUAUUUGCCAAGUCUUUUGUAAAAUGUGUUGGAUAAAAUUCUUAUGUGCUAAUGCAUAUAUUUAUAAAGGAGAUUUGUUUACCACUCAAAAUUAAUAACUUUUAUUUCUGUUUUCUUCAUCCAAAAACAUGUCUGUUUUUCCACAUACUCAGUUUCUCUGUGAGUACACUAGCUGACUUUCUCCUUCACAAAGGCGGGUUCAAAAUUCUGUGUUAAAAAAAAAAAAAAACAACUGGUCUCUUCUAAUACUAGAACUUGCAACUUAGAGGAUUUUUAUUGUGUACAUCAGUUCUGUAAAUGUGCUCUACAGUUUAACAGUUUCUCAUAUGAAACAUCCUGUUUCAGAGUGCUCCGAUUUUAGAUAUGUAAGCCAUUGAUAAAACAUUGCAAUUCAAAACUAUUUUAAAUAACUUAAUGUUUUAAAUUUUAUUUAUGUAGAUUCAUGCCAUUUUAUCAUAUACAGUAGUCUUAUUUCAGCAGUUAUUUAUUUUUAGAAGGUACAUUUAAAAACUAAGAACAUUCAAGCUUUAAAAUAAUGUUUAAAUUUCAAAAUUUGGCAAUCUUAAUGUAGUCUCUUCUAACUUCAGAAAGUAAAAUAAGUGUGUGUCAGUUAUAGAAAAACAUAGUUGAGAAAGGAAUCAUCUAAAGAUCUUUUAAAUUACCACAUACUUUAGAGUAAUUGUUAAGCCCCACUUUUGUUUUUAAUCAGUUUUUUGCACAUUGAUUGGUUUUUUGUGCUGUGGCUUUUCUUACAUUGCUUUAUUAUUCAAGGUUUUUGUUUUUGUGAGAGGGUCUUUCAAUGUUUACUAUGUUUAAAUAAAUAAUGAAUUUUAUUGUUUAUUUAUGUAAUAUUUGAUACCUUGGUGUAAUUUCACAUUCUAAGUAGAAUUUUUAUGACUUUUAUAAUUA